AUGACAACUAUUAGCCACAAGCAGAUGCUGCAGGAGCACGUGUCCAUGGAGUUCAGAUCCAGCUCCACCACCCACAUGCAGACCUUCUCCCAGACAACCAAGAUCGUGGGAGAGGAAGUGAGCAGGAAGUCCUCAAGCACCGUGGAAUUUUUCCGUUUAGUGACCCAGAGCUCCAACAUCCCUGCGGGCGAGAGUGUCCCUGAGUUCAUGGAGAAGCCUCACCCGAUCACCGCGUCCGAGGGGGACAAAGCCGAGUUCCGAGUCCAGGUGAAGGGGAACCCCAAACCCAACAUCUCUUGGAAGAGAGAGAGCGGUAUUCUCAUCAAGGAAUCUGCCAAGAUUUUCUACGACAGCGUCAACAAGGAGCACGUGCUGAAGCUGGAGCCACUAACCUCGGAUGAUUCUGACAACUACAUGUGCAUCGCAAGCAAUGAACAUGCAGACGCCAUCUACACCGUGUCCUUGCUGGUGACAGAGGGUCAUGAUAAAAUGGAUUUCAAAAAGAUGUUGAAGAAGAGGGCCCCUCCUGCUCCUAAGAAGAAGGAGAAGAAGGUGACAGAUGAGAAAGGAAUGCUAGAGAUUCUGUCCAAGGUGCCCAAGAAAGACUUUGAGAAGGUCUGCAUAGAAUAUGGUUUUACUGAUUUCCGGGGGCUGCUCAGGAAGCUCAAAGAGAUGAAGAAAAAAGUAGAGGUGGAGGCCAUCCGGAUUCUGAAGCCCUUGGAAGACAUAGAGACCAAGAUUGACACCACAGUGGUCUUUGACUGUAUCAUGGAGCUGAGGGACCCCAAUAUCAAGAUGAUAUGGAUCAAGGGUACUGAACCAUUAAGAAUCCAGUACUCCCUGGGCAAGUACGAUGUGAAGCAGAUGGGAACAAAGUAUAUGCUGGUCAUUACCAACGUGAAUAUGAACGACGCAGGCACCUACAGCCUGUCUGUGGGUGACAAGCGGAUGAGUGCACAGCUCACAGUGCUAGAUGAGCCACUUAAGUUCUUGGGAGAGAUGAAGCCACUGAAGGUGACAGAGCGCCAGACAGCUGUGUUUGAGAUUCGGCUCUCAAAAAAAGUGCCAAACUUUGUGUGGAAGUUCAAUGGAAAGGAACUAAAGAGGGAUGAGAAGUAUGAAAUCACAGUAUCUGAGGAUGGUCUGACCCACACACUUAAGAUCAAGGACGCCAGACUCAGCGACAAGGGCGAGUUCUCUGCUGAGGUGGGGGACCUUGUACAGAAGGCCCAGCUCACCAUUGACCGCAUCCCCAUCAAAUUUGUGAGCACCCUCAAGAAUGUGCGUGUGAAAGAGAGGAGUCGUGCAUGCCUCGAGUGUGAGAUGACAUCUAAGGAUGUGACACUGUACUGGAAAAAGGAUGGGCAGCUGCUGGAGCAUGGCACCAAGUAUAGCAUGAGCCAUGAGGGCAAGCGAGCAGAGCUGGUCAUUGAGGAUGCACAACUCAGUGAUGGUGGCGAGUACACUGUGGUGGCCAUGCAAGAUGGGGACCCCACUGAAUACUACAGUACUGCUACAGUCACCGUGGAGGAGCGUCUGGCCACGGUGAAAAGCGGGAUGUUAGACACCCAUGCAGCCACUGGGAGCCCAGCUGAGCUGUGCGUUGUACUGAAUGACGAGAAGGUGGAGGGCGUGUGGCUGAAGGAUGGCAAGGAGAUCACAGACUUGCCUGGCGUGCAGAUCGUGAAGCAGGGGGCAGUGCACAAGCUCAUCUUCCCCAACAUGGGCCCGGAGCAUGAGGGCAAGUACACGUUCAGGGCCAAGGGUGCAGAGAGUGAAGCCUCAGUGUUCAUCGCAGAUCCCCCUACCAUUGACCCAUCUAUGCUGGAGGCACUCGCUGCACACCCUGUGACCGUGAAGGUGGGUCACACUGCAAACAUCAAGGUGCCCUUCCGGGCAAAGCCGCUGCCCAAAGUGACGUGGUUUAAGGACGGAAUGGAGGUGACAGAGGAGGAGCGUGUAUCCAUGGAGCGUAAGGAAGACCAGGCGCUGCUCACCAUCUCAAACUGCGUGCGCGAGGACAGCGGACUCAUCCUGCUCAAGCUCAAGAAUGACCAUGGCUCAGCAACAGCCACCCUGCACCUCAGUGUGCUGGACCGUCCCAAGCCUCCACAGGGCCCGGUGGAGUUCCUGGAGCUCUCAGGUAGUUGUGUACACAUGAAGUGGAAAGCCCCAAAGGACAACGGUGGACGGCCUGUGACACAGUUCAUAGUGGAACGGAGGGCAGCCGGCAAGAAGUCCUGGAUUAAGAUAGGCGAGGUGGACAGCAAAGUCACCAACUUCUCCACCAACAAGGUAGAAGAGGGAAAGGCAUACCAGUUCCGUAUCCUGGCAGUCAAUUCAGAAGGUGUGAGCGACCCACUGGAGACAGACGAAGUAUUUGCAGGAAAUCCCAUCGAACCCCCUGGUCUUGUCUCCCAACCUCAAGUGUCUGAUGUGACCAAAGAGGCUAUGACUAUCACAUGGAAUGCCCCCACCCAGGAUGGGGGAGCCCCAGUGCUUGGCUACAUUGUGGAGCGGAGAAAGAAAGGCAGUAACCUGUGGGUGCCAGUCAACAAGGACCCCAUCCAGGGCACCAAGUGCACUGUCGAUGGGCUCCUGGAGGACACAGAAUACGAAUUCCGAGUUACAGCUGUGAAUAAGGCAGGCCAUGGGCAGCCCAGUAUGCCGUCCACCUCAGUGGUGGCCAAGGACCCUAUCAAACCCCCAGGUCUGGUGCAGGGCCUGCAUGUGUCUGAUUCCUCCAACUCCAGCAUCUCCUUGGCCUGGCGGGAGCCUCCAGAGGGAGACCCACCCUCUGGCUACAUCCUUGAGAUGCGGGCUGAAGACACCAAGGAGUGGUCUAAGUGCACAAAGAUCCCCAUCUCAGGCACCUGCUACACAGUGGGAGGCCUCACUGAGAGGCAGAAAUACUUCUUCCGAAUCCGGGCUGUGAAUGAGGCUGGGGUUGGAAAGCCUGUGGAGUUGGAUGAGGGGGUUCGUGCCAUGCCACCACCAGCUGCCCCAAAAUUUGAUCUCAGUGCCCGGCUGAAGAGUCAUAUGGUGGUUCGUGCAGGGACAGCCCUCUGCAUCCAUGCAGCCUUCUCUGGCUCACCACCACCCAGUGUGAUCUGGCAGAAAGACGGCAUCCCCACCAAGGGCCGGGAAACCAUCACCAAGGGCAAAAACCACUCCCAGUUCCUCAUCAACAGCACCAAGCGCUCUGACUCAGGGGUGUACCGCAUCUUGCUCCAGAAUGAGUUUGGAGAGGCAUACUACGACAUUCAUGUGCGUGUGGCAGAUUUCCCCCGGCCACCAACAAACCUGCAGCUGUUUGAGGAGGUCCCCAACACGGUGACUCUGACCUGGAACCACAGCCCUGAUGUGCAGGAAGACAGUGAGGCCCACUAUGUCAUCAUGAAGCGGGACGCCAGCACUGCCACCUGGUUCACUGCUGCCGAGCGCGUCUUCAGCAACAAGUACACGGUGACCGGGUUACUCCCAGGUAGGAAGUACUACUUCCGAGUGGUGGCCCGGAACGAAAUCGGUGACAGCGACCCGCUGGACUCCAAGGAUACCUGGCUCGUCAACAAGGAUAAGAUUGAAGACCUAAGCGCCAAGCUGAAGCCAUUCGAGCAAAAAGAUUGGCGCCACGCGCCCCGCUUCUUGACCCCACUCAAGCCGCACAAGGUGCUGCGCGGCCAGGACUGCACCAUGACCUGCGCCUUCCUUGGGAACCCGCGGCCCACGGUGACCCUCUACAAGGGGGAGGUCAACAUCACGGCCAACUCCAAGUUCUGGUACAACUCUACGAGCGGCGUCUGCACUCUUGUCAUCCCCACCUGCACGCUCAAGGACAGCGGCGACUACAGCGUGCUGGUGGAGAACGAGCUGGGCAAAGACCGCAGCACCUGCACACUCACUGUCUAUGACAAAGAUGACAAGUCAAUUCUAGCAUCAGUCACUGAGAGUCUGCAGAAGAAAUCAAAGCACCUUAUGUGA